AUGCGCACAGGUGGCCUUUUUCGAAGGAAUACUGUCGUCACCCCUAAACGCGAUGAGGAAUUUGGAGAUUACGCGACUGUUAUUAGCUCGGAGGAGGAUCCAAAAAGACUUAAGGAAUACAUCACCAGGCUUUACAAGUCUUUAAAGGAAAAG